AUGACCGUGCCAUGCCGAUGGGAUGUGCAUCAUCCUGUCGGAGAUUUGAAAUGUUUAGCACUGCAAUGGGUUGUCCAGAAACAUUUGAACAUUGCGCACCUUAUCCACAUUCUUGAUGACUACCUAAUGGCAGCUUCAUCACAUGACCAAUGUUGCACUGACUUGAAGAAUUUUUUAUCACUUUGCGAGUAUCUUGGUGUUUCGAUUGCUCCGGAAAAGACUGUCGGUCCUCGAACCACUUUGCCAUUUGCCG